AAGAGCUGUAAGUUUAGUGUGUAGGGACAUUAGUUAUUUCUGUGCCCUGGGGCCUGGUGCUUAUGGCCAUGUGAGUGCCCGGCGGAACACGUGUAAUGUACCGGGGGUGGAGCCAGGAGGGCAAUACGGGGAGCUCACAGUAGCAGGUCUGUCUGUAGAAAGGAAGGAGAUCUAUUGCUAGAGUGUGUGACUAAUAGUUCUAUAUUAAGCAUGAAGAAUACAGAGAAUAUCUUGACCUCAGAAAACAAUAUGGCGACUCCAUGGGAGCGGUUUGAGUUUGAUGAAGUUGCCGUUUACUUCUACAAGGAGGAGUGGGAUUGUCUAAAGGAAAAGGAGAAGGAACUCUAUAGGAAUGUAACAAUGGAUAAUUAUCAGAUGCUCCGAUCGCUGGGUUGUGUUAAUAUGAAGCCGGCAGUCAUAGCGAUGAUUGAACGAGGAGAAGAACCAUAUGUCAGAGGUCAUGAGCAGCCCCAGAAAACAAAUCCUAAAAGAACCACAAAAGUGUGGUCCUGGUCGGCUCUACGUAUGGCUGUUUGCGCAUGCACAGUUGCGCGUCACGGAUGCUGUUGAGUCUGACAACGUCAUUACACGGUGGAGGGUUUGGGUGUUAAAUGAAGGUUCCAGUUACCGAAAAAUCUAUGAAGACCAUCAUGUUUCCUUUAGUGCAACCAAUUCUUUGAUGGAAGACAUCCGUUUUCUCAAGCAUAGUCAAUACACAAGUAACAUUAGCAUAAAUAAUGCUCCAAAGGUUAUGAACUUUGAGAAUGCGAGAACAGAAAAUAUGACCAAUAAGGGGUGUUUCCAGAAAACGGCUCUAGCAAAGGAAAUUAAUAAAAAGAUAUCUGCAACGGUGCAUAAGUGCCGAGCUUGUGA